AUGAGUUCGAGUUCUGAUAUUCCAAAGUACCAUGUCGCACUUAGUCCAGAUGGUCAAAAUGUUGUUACAUUUAAUACAGAGACAUUGGAAUUAGAAAUAUGUCAUAUUAAGAAUUUGACAGAUAAAAAAAAGAUAAAAUAUAAAGGUUUCAGAACUGUAGAUAUCAGUAACCCUCGACUAUGUUGGUCGAUAGCGAUAUCAAACUCAAUUAAUUUGGGUUCACAUUCAGAUACAUUAAUUGGUGUUUCAUGUUUUGAUAGAACUGAUACUUUAAUUAAAUCAUCAAAGAAAAGACGAGCUCACAAAACUAGAAGUUAUUUUUCUUCUUCAUUUUCUUCUAUGAAGGAUUUAGAAGAAGGUCGUUUAGAUUAUUUUAAUGUCAGAGUAAGUCCAUAUACAUGGAUACUUUCAACUUGGUACAAAGAUAGGAUAAAAACUUCUGUGGAUGAUACUGGUGGUGUUAUACGAUUUCUUGCUGAUGAUAGUCCUAAUACUGAUGUAGUAAUAGUUCAUAUACUUGGAAUUUCAAGAACUACAAUUGAAUCUAAUUAUUCAGCUGAUGAUGGCAAUUUAAGAACUAAUCUACUUAAAAAACCUGCUGAACAAUUCUUAUUUCCAAUGUUAAUUGCUACUGAAAUUGGUACUGCUGAAAGUUCUAAUCCUAAUUUGCAAUUAUUUAAUAGAAAUAUUGAAAAAAAUUUUUUUAUAGCUGAAAAUUAUAAAUUUGAAUUAUUAGAAAUGUAUAGUUUAAAAACUGGUGAACUUUAUAAAGUUUUUCAUAUUCAGGAAGAAACUAUUGAAAAAAAAUUAGAAGCUCAUGGAAAUGCUAUUUAUGAAGUUUCAAAAAAUAAUGCUUUAUUAGCUUAUUGUAGAGGAAAUAAUAGUGUUUCAAUAUAUUUAAUGGAAAAUACUUUGGAAAUUGCAACAAAACUAUUUUCUAAUCUUUAUAAAAUAAAUACAAUUGAUUUUGUUCAUGAUGAUGAAAAAUUAUUUUUAAUUGGUGAAGAAGAAAAGGAAAAAGAUGAUGGUUCAACUGAAUUAGUUAUUGUUAUUUUAAUUUGGAAUCUUUUUAGUGAUUAUGAAGAUUGUGUUCAGACAAUUAGAGAUACUCAAAAUAUAAUUCAAACGGGUAAAAAUGUUUCAAAAUUUACUACUGAUCAUUAUCAUAGGUUUUCUAGUGCUAGUGGAUUUAUUGUUGGUGUUAAUGAAGAUACUGGUGAAGUUUUUUCGAUUGUUGAUCAUCCUGAUCUGAAAUUUGCUUUAGAACCUUCUGUAUCAUCAGAACUAAUUCCAUUAGAGAUUCAAAGAGAUGUUUCAACACCAUCACCAUUAAAUCAAAUUUAUCAUUAUAUUUACAAAGAUGGUAAUUUUGUUGAUGCUAAAAAAGAACCAAAAAAUACUAUUAUUAUUGGUAAUGCUGAACCUUGGGUUCGAUUCAAAAAACAUCCUCGUACUUCUGCUUACCUCAAUGAUGAUAAGACAUUACAAGUAAUUAUUGGAUUAACUACAAUUCAAGUGUGGAAAAAAAAUGAAUCUUCUAAAUACAGACGAAGACUUGAAUAUAUUUGGACUAGCGGUCGUGACGAAGGAUUUGAUAUUCAAAGUUUUCACAUUGGUAAUGGUGAAUUUUCUGUCAAGUUAUCACUUCCUAUAGCUAAAGAAGAAUACAAAAUUCAUUGGCCACGUGAACGUUCUCCCUUGAGAGAUGCGUGUAAAGCUAUUGAAUAUCUUAAUCGUCAACGAGGCGAACCAAUCACACCUAAUAAAAAACAAUUAUAUCGUGAUUUAGCUCGUCAAACAAAAAAUAUAUUAAAAAGAUUCAUGAAUAAACAUCCUGAUGUUUGGAGAAUGGCUGAUGUUAGAUAUGAAAUUAUGCAAUCAUUGAUUCGUGGACAGUGUGUUUCUUUGAUUAAAGCAAUUUUAUUUAAUAAAGAUGAAAGUCCGCGUGGAAUAAGUUCAAAAUUGUCAAACCAUUUACAUUAUCCUAGACUUUAUGCAUGGCCUCUAGAACCAAAAGAAAGUGAUUUGCAAGUUGCUAUCAGUAGUUCUGAUUAUUAUGUUCAUGAACUAUUUUACAAGCCAUGUUUCGGUGCAAAAGAAAUAAAAAUUGAUACAUCUUUUAUAAGCCGUGGUGAUUUAUUCGAAGGGCGAUUUAAACCUGUUCACUCCUUAUACAUUAAACCGGGACUUCCACGCAAACCAGCAACCAAGCAACAUGAUAGAAAAUCUCAAUUUAUUCAAAAGAUUACAAGUUUCUUUUCAUAUGAGAGAGUUCUUGAAGAAGUGGAAGAAUUCGAAGAAACUUUAAAAGAAGAAAAAAUUGGGUAUUUUAAAGGGGAGAAUCGUGAACCACUCGUGCCGACUACUACAACUGUGCGAGUUGUUCCGCUUCCGGAUGCUUUCGAAGAUCAUACCAAAAUUCCUUUAUCACGGAAAAUUUUAAAAUUAUUAUUCUGGCCGCGUGAGUACAUUGUUACCAAAGACGUGAUGUGUAGCCCAUUUCUUCGUGUAAUUGGUCGUGAUAGCAGUUCAGCAUUGUUUAGCAAUCCUGCUAUGGCUGCAGUAAUCGAUUAUAAGUGGGCAUCUGCACGUGAUUAUUGCCUGCGUCAUUUUGCUCAAUUUAUUGUUUUUGCACUGUUAUUUUCAAUUAUUACUGGAAUAAUGGAAGAUGGAAUGUAUUUAAACUCGAAUGUAAACUUUGGUUUAUAUUUAAUCACUCAAUUGAUAUUUUUUUACCUGGGCUAUUAUUUGCUUGUUACUGAAAUUGUACAACUCAAACAUGAAGGGCUUGUAAGAUAUUUUACCUUGUACAAUUUUUUUGAUCUUAUAUCUUGUGUUGCGCCACUUUGCUUGAUUAUUACGUCAGAUCUACUAGCUAUUGCAAAUCUUGGUAAUAGUUCAAGUUCUAAGCAAGCUUAUAGUAUUUUUUUGGCAUUUAUUACUCUCUUUAUGUGGGGAGAAUUUGUAUUUAUUUUUGGUAUUGGUCAUGCGAUGUUUAUUUUACUAAGAGAUCCAACUCAAAUUGGCCUAACUCCAGGCGGAUCAUCAUAUUCAAUCUUAAAUGCAUCAGAUACAAGUACAGAAACCAAUAAUUUAUACCCUGAUAUAACAAUUUCUCAAUCAAUUGAUGUUAAUAGUGUCAGCGACAAUUAUUUUUCUCAUUUUUUGGAAAUCUGUUGA